CUCAUGCCCUUUAUAAACGCAUUCUUACAUCUAAUCAAUUUGCUUCGCAUUUGUGUGUGUACUCAGUUUAUAUUCAAUUCAUCAUGUGAACUUGUUCUAUUAUUAACUUCCAAUUGUUUUGCUAGUUCUUUCAAGUUCAAGAAUCUCUUAUACUGCUUUGAUGUUACCUGAAUUGCUAUUUCGGCUUUUGAUGUGUGUGUGAGUGAGUGUGUUUGUAAUUGGGGGCCCAAUUCAUCUGGGAUUUUCUUUUUAUUUGCUAAUUAAUUUUUUUUUUCUUCCACCUCUGAAAGAAAAAGGAAUGAAUUGCAUGGAAAAUUAUACUUACAAAAUGAAGAAAUUACAAAUGAUAUGCAAUAUUUAAUUGGUCUUAUUGAAUGAUCUCAUGACAGUGGAUUUGGACAAGGAAGUUGGGGCAGUGGACAGCUCUCUUGGUGUUGGAGAAAGAAUUGAGUCUGUGCAAGGAGAUGGAAUUCUUGAACCUUAUGUGGGUAUGGAAUUUGAUUCUGAAGAUGAUGCGAGGAAAUUUUACGUUGACUAUGCUAGAAGGGUAGGAUUUGUUGUGCGCAUAAUGCAACGUCGUCGUUCUGGCAUUGAUGGGAAGACUCUGGCUCGUCGACUUGGAUGUAAUAAGCAGGGUUUCUCUCCUAAUCACAGGAACGCAAUGAGACCAGAUAAGAAGCCACGAUCCAGUGCACGAGAAGGUUGCAAGGCUACAAUCUUGGUUAAAAUGGAAAAGUCUGGAAAAUGGGUUGUUACAAGAUUUGAGAAGGAUCAUAAUCAUCCUUUAGUUAUUACUGCCAAUGGAUUCAGUACGGUGGGAGACAAAGAUAAGAAAAUUGAAGAACUAAGUAGGGAGUUGGAGCAUCAGGAGCAAUUAUGUGCAGUUUACAGAGAAAGGCUGCUUACUUUUAUGAAUGAUGUUGCAGAACAAACAGAAGAACUUUCCUCAAAAAUUCAAGUUAUCGUUGACAAUGUGAGGAAAGUUGAAUCUGAAGUGAAAAAGUUUUCCCACCGUAGAUAGCCCUGGCAUUGAACAUAAGGAUUUAGUUAUGGUCAUGCACACUGUAUGUAUUAGAAUCAGUUUCUUUUUUAUAGCAUUCAGUUGCUGUGUAACUGUACUCAUUAGAUGCAAUAGAAAUUUCCCAGGAUUGGCCCUCUUA